AUGACUUCGAUGGAUGGUCGUCAUCUUGCGUGUGCUUCAGUCAAGUUGCUUCAACUCAUAGGCAUUCCAUUUUACUACACCAAAUGUGUAGAGCAGUAUAGAAAAGCGGGUUAUUCGGAGGAUUCGGACUAUACGUCAGAUUUGAACUACCCAGUAGGUGGACAAGGCGCAAACAGUUCUGCAUCGCAAUUUAGAACCGCAGCCAACCAGCUAGCAACGCCUCAACGAUCGCUCGAAACUUCUAGAGAGAACAGCUACGAGAGAGAUGAUCAUCAGAUACCAGGAACUGUGGGUGGCCGACUAGCUCCGGUUGUUUACAGUGGGUAUAGUAGAGGCCAUAGUCCGCGGUAUGAUGAACCUUAUCCUGAGGAAGUCCCUCGUCAAAGGUGUUCUGCACAACAAAUCGCAGAGUCUUCUGAGCCACUAUUUUACAAUAGCAGACCAAGACAUCACAAGGAAUACAGUCAAGAUGGUUGGUACAGCGAAGACUUUUACGAUUAUCAUGGAACGAGAAACGACGAGUCGAGGCUUUACAGUGAUACGGAGUAUUAUCCAAGUACAACUACAAGCUCGUCCUCAAGAAGAAAAGGUCCUUAUAGAAGACCGUCUUUGGAAAGGCAAACGACUUUGUACGAUGAUCACUCUUAUUAUGAUAGCUACGUUGGCAAUGGAAGAGUUGGAAAAAUGAGUGCAACUUAUCCGGAAUGUCAAACGGACAUAGGAUAUAAUAAAUGCUACGAUAAUAUUACGGGAUACAUGUUCCAAAAUGAAAGAUAUGGGCAAGAUGAUGAAGACAGACAAUGGGAUAGUGGAGGGAAAUGGCUCUCAGGAUCCAACACAUAUUACGAAAAUAAAAGAAAUAGAAAAACGCUUCCACAGAGGCCUGCUUCUAGUAUUGGCAUUCACAGGCCUGAUUACAGACCUGCUGUUACCAGACAACGUAGCUACGAGUCCGAAGAACUCGAUUAUAGCAGCCAAAGUUCCCGCCACCGGAAAAUGUUACAGCGUUCCUUUUCACGGCAGGAAGGAACUGGUAAAAAACUACCCCCAACCCCUUCAAAGCCGAAUAGCGUCAUUCUCGGGCGCAAACCUGCCUCUCUUCCCGCGACCCCCGGAAGACAACUGCCACGAACGAGAACUCCUUCCGAGGAAAGUUACUAUAAGCCUGAGUACAACGAGGAUUACAAUCACGCUUACCGAAGUGAAGACAACCUUCAACAGGACACCUUCACUGAUAGCGUUUAUCCCGAACAGAUCUAUAAUCAAUCUCAUAUCACUAGAUCAGUGCCAGAUAAUCAGUACGUACCUGAUCAUUUCUUACCUCAGAUGACGGAUCAGUAUGGCCAAAGCUACAUGGAUCCUCCGACAAAGGACCUCUACAUCGAAGAACAGCUAUACGCACAUAACUCGUACAAGGAUGCUUAUCAGCCCUUCGUAGAAACGAAUUCACAAAUUUAUCAGGAGCCUUAUGAAGAUACAACAUAUCCAAAAAUUAGUGCAGCUAACGAUCAUUUCGAAAAAACACAAGAUAUUGUCACUGAUAACUACCAGUCCCUGGACUAUGACCAAGGCAGUAUUGAGCAAUUAUCAACUCAACAAUCUCUAGCUGGUCAAAAUCUAAAAUCGCAAUCACAGCUAACAUCGCAAUUGCAUCUGAAUCAAUCACAUCUAACUCAACCUUAUCUAUCAACUCAAGCACAAGUAACAACCCAAUAUCAACAAGACUAUAAACUAGAAUCUUUUACAGAUGUAUAUACAGAUUACACAAUCCCCGAUUCGAAAAGUGUCUACGAUCAGAAUAACGUCUUAAAUUGUGAUCCUUAUGAGCAAAAUUUAUACGAUAAAAAAUACGAUGUUGUCACCUCCGACCACUACCAGGAAACCUAUUCGCAAUCCUAUGAUCAGCCUGUUGUUUCGGCUCCCAAAGAAGUUUACAGUGAAUCAUAUGGUACUCAGGAGACUUAUCAAGAGUCCUACGAAAAAACAGAUUAUCAAGACGAUAUUCCUUACAGCAAAGAAGAAGACGCGACUGACUAUAAGAAUGAUUAUCAGAGUCAGUAUAAAGAUCAAGACCAGUACCAAAACAAGGAUCAGUACCAAAUUGAAGAUAAGUACCAAAGUCAGGAUCAGUAUCAAGAUCAAGACCAGUAUCAGUACCGAGAGCAGUAUGAUGAGUCCUAUCAAGAUUCAUACCAGGGUUCGUUUGAGGAAUACAGCAAAGAUCUAGCCAGCAGCGAGAGGAGGAAAAGCGAAGUGCCUGAAUUGUCUGUUACUACGCCCAGGGGUCAGACAAAAACUAAUGGUUAUCCUUCCAAAGAGUCCGAGUAUUUCUACCCCUGUCAAGAAAAGCUCGAAAUUUCUUUAACCGCAGCAGCGAGACGGAAGAAACUUGGAAAACGUGAUAAUAGUCCUUUGUUCCAACAGAAUACUGAUUCUUUAGAGUCGAGGGAUGAUGAAUUUAAAGAUUCUUUUGAAACUGCUGUGAGUUCCGUAAGUAGUAGUCAACCAAGGAAAGCGUAUUCUGAGUAUUCAACUGCUUGUGAAUCAAGUCCUGCUCCAGUUACUUUAGUCGAAUCGCCGCCAGGCUGUAAUCCAAUUUCGAGUAUGAUGAACCAUGUUGCUAAUCAUAUUAGCACCGUUACUACCUCAGCAUCGGUUCACCCUUCUAUCAGCACGAACGAAAAACGUCUUUCUAGAACCAAUUCUUAUCAGGAGGAGAUAAUCGAGGAUGAGUAUCCUGAAAUUAUUCCGAGUGAUCCUCAGAGGAAGGAUUCACAGAUGUCUCAUCAGAGUCAGAUGUCUCAUCAAAGCCAACUUAGCCAGCAUUCAUCUCAACAAUCUCAAAAGCCGAAACUUAUGCGCGGAGAGUCAUAUGUUUCUGAUAAUUACUCUGAAGAUGGGUAUACGGAUAGAAGGGAUUCUUAUGCACAACAAAGGAAGGAAUCAUAUUCUUCAACUACCCAAGAAGGUUUUAAACCGCCUCUUCAAAGGACUGAUUCUUACCAAACCAGGGAACUUGGUGGUGGUAGAGCUAGUGGUUAUGGGCAGAAUUUCACGACUCCUCAGCCAAUCUCGAGGGCUGAGAGCUAUAAAAGAGGAUAUUUUAAGGAUCAAGACUCAAUAGAUAAGCCAGAAAUCUCGCUGAGCAAUGCUGUUAAUGGAGACUAUAAAAUGAGGGAUGAAACUCUUGAAAGAUAUGAGCGAGGAGAAGAAGCCUUGUCAAGAGCCACUCGGGAAAACUCGUUGGUGGAACCUUACAAAGGAACUCCACCUUCUGGUAGUCCAAGAGGUAGUAUAACCAAACAAGCCUCUUUGGAUGAAAGUGUCCAAAUGGACACUCCUCCGAGGAGUCCUCCUGAACCUCUGCCCGAUGAAAAACUCCUGGAGAUGGUGGGGCCAGCUCCAAUUCCGACACAACUCAAGGAAAGACCUGAAAUGACUGCGAAACAAAGAUGGAUCUGGGCCUACAAUAAAAUCAUCCUGCAGCUAAACAGCAAAAGACAAUCUAUAAGGCGACAAUAUGUCCAAUUUUGUAAAAUUAGGUAA